AUGAAUUCAGGAGCUGCUGGUACAGCAGCCUUUAGUUUUAUUGCCCUCAUUUUAUUAAUCCCACCAUUUUCAUGGCACAUCAAGUCUAGAAACAUCCCAGCAAUUUUAUUGGUGACAUGGUUGACGCUAGUAAAUUUGAUUGGUUUUAUAAACACGAUGAUAUGGAGUGGAGAGGAUUUCGAUACCGUUUAUGACGGCCAAGGCUGGUGUGAUAUCACUACAAAAGUUGACGCGGCUUCAUCGCUUGGAAAAUUGUGUGCCAUCGCAUGUCUUUCAAUGAACUUGUAUUUCAUCUUGUGUGCAAAGAAUCCCCUUUUCAUGGACAACACAAACUGGAAAAAGAUCUGCAUUGACUUGGCCAUUUGUUUGAUCACUCCAUUGUUGAUUAUGGUGUUCAUUUACAUCACUCAAUCAAGAAGAUACGCAAUUGUUAGGUAUCAGGGUUGCAUUACAGUUUUCUCACCAACAAAUGCCACUCUUGGUUUGUACCUUGUUUGGCCGUUAAUUUGGAGUUUUGUUGCUUUGUUUUUUGCUGUGUUGACAUUGUACAAGUACUUUCAAAAAAGAAAAGAUGUCAAGGAUAUUCUCAAAUGUACAAAUUCUGGUUUGAAUUUGAAAAGGUUUGCAAGGCUUUUAAUUUUCAGUUUUUUGAUCGUGUUUGCAAUGACUCCACUUUCCAUCUACUACUUUGCACAGAAAGUUUCGUAUGCGCUGUAUCCUUUCCGUUGGAGUGAGGUACACGGUCCAGAUUGGGGAGAUAUCUAUGCCGUGGACUUCGGCUUCUUUGCAGUCAUUGAUAGGUUGGUGAAUGCCUCCUUAUCUGUUGUUGCGUUCCUCUUGUUUGGUUUGGGAACUGAUGCCUUGAAGAUGUACAAAUCGUUCCUCGGAUUAGCUAAUAGAGAUACUGGCGAGCCAUUGUCUAAAGAGACAACUUACACUCACCAUGGCACUCCAACAAAACUCUCAUCCAACAAAUCCCAAUUUAGCAAUCGUACAAACUAUAGUGAACCAACUAUGGCGGACGAAUUUGGUCAGGUAAUGCAAGAGUUAGGUGUAGUUGAUGAGAAUUCAUUGGAUUUAGAGUCGGGAAGAAUGAUGAAGCAAAACCCGCCCCAGAAAAAGACUUCUAAUGUUGGAGUGCUUGAGAUCGAGGACUCAAGCUUGAGUGGCGAUUUUUUAUACAAGUACGAAGUUAAACAGAAAAAGUGA